AUGGCGGCUCAAGCGAAGCGGUCACGACUCGAAGUUGACAAAAAUGAUAGCUUUGAAAUAACCACUGUAGAAAUGCACACUGCAGGCGACCCUUUACGGAUUAUUACUUCUGGUUAUCCCGAAAUCAAAGGCGAAACGAUUUUAGCCAAACGAAAAUACGUAACAGAGAAUUUAGAUUACAUUCGCAAGCUCCUGAUGCGCGAGCCGCGAGGCCACACGGAUAUGUUUGGUGCAUUGUUAGUAACUCCUGAUCAUGAGCAAGCUGAUCUAGCCGCGUUGUUUAUGCAUAAUGGAGGUUAUAGUGUCAUGUGUGGUCAUGCUGUCAUUGCUUUGGGCCGUCAUGCUGUUGAUUCAGGUUAGAAUAUAAAUUAUAAAUAUGCCAGUGCAGUACAACUACCCGAAAAAUAUAAGGAGAAUUUCGACGUUUUCUAGCGAAGGCUCUAUCAAUCCGAAGCUUUCAGAAUACCAAUUUUCAUACAAAGCUGAGGGGGUAAAUGGGUCUUGGUAUUGCGCAAUUUGCCGGGUCACCAGACGGUGAUCACAACAUGAUACAUAGAGGAUAUUACACGGCGGCGCGAAGAUAUGACUUUUUAUCUUCGAGUGGUGAGAACAAUAUUUUGUGAGUGAGUAAAAUAUUGUUUUUAGAGAAGAUAAAAGUCGUAUCUUCAAGUCACCGUGUAAUGUUCUAUUUAUUAUAUAGUCCCAAGCAAAAAAUUGCGAAAUUUCACACUCAAAAGCAAAUUGGAAAAAGUCACGUGAUCGAUAUCUUCACUAGGGAAGAUAUGGAAAAUAUCUUACUCUGUAGUUUUCAGUAUCUCACUCUCUACUAUAUAAUAAAAGUAUGAAAAUUCAUUAUAUGCUGCUCAUGCAAAGUUCAGAAAUGUGGAAGCUAUAAGUCCUGGUCAAACGAGAGUAAUUUUCUCAACUCUCAUGCCCCGGUCAAACGAGAACAAAAGUUGCAUGAGAGUUGAUGAGACUGAGUUGUUGACUGGAUAUUCCAGCGCGCGUAGCGAAACCUCGCAUCAAGGCCGGCAAGAGGGCAAAAUACCCGGGGCGGAGUGCUCAGAGGGCCCGGAGAUCGUCGUGAUCGAUCGUAAAACGUACCAAAUGUGAAGUAAACGAUUUUUUGAGCAAAAACAGUUAGCUGAACAUCGUUCACAUUUCGUUUUUAUCAGUUAUGCGGCGAUUUCUUGCAAGUAAUUCGCUGGUAAUUCUCUCGUUGAUUGCGAUUAAAAAUAGACUUUGGCGUGGCCAAGCGCCAGCGGGAGAAUCGAGAGGGACAGGGGGGCCCGUGUUCACCAAUUCGUCAUUUUGUCCUGGGGCCCGUGCUGGAAGCUAUAUUUCACAAGUCACAUAGGUGAUGAUAUUUGCUUUAUAGUCUACUUGAACUUAAACAGCAAACGAUAAGACUGGUCAUGAAUUUGACUGAUUUAUGAAUCUCAUCUCAUUAAAGUAUUCUGGCUUCAAAAUCGGAUUACUGAAUUCAAUAGGAUGUUUUAUCCAGUCUUAUUUCAGAUCAGUGGGCUCACUGACACUAUAUCUAUUUUAGGCCUCGUAAAGAUAGACACAUCAACGACCAGCAGUGUUCCAGUGUACAUACAGUGUCCUUGUGGUUUGGUCAAGGCUAUGGUCGACGUAACCAAUGGUAAAUCUGGCAAAGUAAAAUUCACCAGUGUACCAGCAUUUGCAUAUGCAGUUGAUGUCAAACUACCAACAAAAUCCUACGGUGAAGUCACCCUCGACAUUGGCUAUGGUGGAACAUUCUAUGCAUUUAUCUCAGACAAGGAGUUAGGUUUAGAUGUCCGAAAGUCAAGUGUUUCCCAACUUACGUCUGCGGCAAAAGAGAUUCUAGAAAUUUGCCGUGAGAAAGUAACAGUGAAUCAUCCCGAGGAGCCAGAUCUUGCGUUUAUGUAUGGUUGUAUAAUCACUGAUGGUAAAGACCAGUUCACCAAGUUUCAGAAUGAACUGACACGUGAAAUGUGUUACUAUGGCAAAGCCGGGGCGGUAAGCUACUUUAAAUUCUCUUAUAACUGAGCGGGCUCCCUUUUCAAGCUACCUCUUAAAUACAUCCCCUUUUCAGGACCGCCCAGACAAAGGAAUGAUGGCCAAAUCGAUCUUGAAUUUUGUAUAAACUGAAAUGUUGUCGGCAAAUGCGAUACUACCCCCUCCACCUGCUUUAGCCUCUUCUCGACGUCCCUUGUGACAAAAGGGAUUUGUCAGCAUCCAUCAGAACCCUGAUCCAGGGUUUAUUUUAAGAAAAAUUUAGAACUGCACACAUGGGGAUGUAACGAAGGCAACGGUGUUUGACGGGGGGGGGGGGUCAAAGGAUUUUUUUACCUGCAUAUAGGUGACAUCUGGAAUAAUGGUGUGGUUGGGUGGGAGAAUUGAAGAAAGGCCAGACAAACUCGAUUUUGGGUGCGGGAGCUAGGGGUGUUCCCCAAAACAAUUUGAAUCUAGAGGCUGUUAAGUUCUGGCAAAGAUUUGCUUUACCCAACCACUCACAAAAACUGUUUUAAAACAUGUACUGCAUGGGAAUCAUGGAUAUUCAAUAUAUAACAACCCUAAAUUUGCAUUUGAGGCAGCAAAGAAUAUUAAGUUCUCCCACUCUAAUCUCUUUUGGGGAGCCUCGCUCGCCCCAAUUUCACCUUCUUUUCCAUUACCCCCAGCACGUAAGUGUUUUGUGAGGAAAAUAGGAGGGUCUGGAGUCCUCCUCCAGAAAUCGUUUAUAUUUUUGAUGCUCAAUUAAUGACAGCAUUUCUGGAAUUUUCUGGAGAAUCCACAAGGGUAACGAGUAAAUGAGAAGACUGUUUUAAUUAAGGCAAUUUUUGUUAGUUUGGUGACUGCACAUUUGUGAUUUAAGAACUGCACAAAUGGGUUUAGAACUGCACAUUUUGUGUAGAACUGCACGUUAAAAUAAGCCCUGCCCUGAUCCUUUGGAAAGUUUCAUUUUAAAGCUUUCAACUGAACUGGGCAAGUCAUAGUACUGAACUACGUCAUAGUAAAUCUCUCUCUCUGGAACGAAAUAAAGGGAGACGAAGCGCGCGAGAUUGAUCACACUUCUUAAAAUUCAAAGUCUAGGUGGCCCUGGGAAAAUUAUAAGUUUGGGGUUAGGGUUCACGAAGAUACUACUUUAACGUCACUUGCUAUUUCAUAUAUUUAGGUUUGCCGUUCUCCUUGUGGGUCAGGUGUAACAGCCCGCAUUGCAGUACAGCACCACAAACGUCAAAUUUCUCUCAACCAAUCACGCGAGUUUGAAAGCAUUACCGGGUCCACGUUCACAGCCAGCCCAAUCCAGGAGACAAAAUGUGGUGAAUUUCUUGCAGUGUUGGUUGAGGUUGAAGGUCUGGCGAAUUAUUGUGGCAAAGCAACAUUUUCUGUGGAGGAGAAUGACCAUUUUCAAGAAGGCUUUCUUGUCAAUUAA